AUGGCCGGCCAGUCUGAACAAGAUGCCGACUACGUCCCGGGCACCGUCCAUCUUGUCGAUGUGGCACGACAGAUGACAUCGUCGCGUCACGAUGCUUCCCACGGAGACAUCGUUCUGAUCCCGCGACCGAGCUCCGAUCCCGAAGAUCCCCUCAACUGGACAUAUCGUCGCAAACUGCUCGCAGUGAGCAUGUCGUACUUGUACGUACUCGGCACGGGAAUUGCAACGUCUCUUCAAUACUCGGUCCUGGCAGACAUCACGGCCGAUACUGGCAUUUCGACUGCCGACCUGGUCCAGGGAACAGGUGUCAUGUUCCUUUUCUUCGGUUGGUGUUGUCUCAUCUGGCAACCAAUCGCCCUCACCUAUGGCCGUCGUGGUGUAUACUUGAUCACCAUGUUCCUCACUAUCCCCAUCAUGGUUUGGACGGCAUACUCGAACUCCUUAGGGGAGUGGUACGCGCAUCGGGUUUUGAUUGGUAUUGUCGUCUCUCCGAUCGAAUCAUUGUCCGAAGUCACUUGUUUUGAUCUCUUCUUUGCCCACAAUCGAGGAACAUACAUGGGCAUAUACGUCUUCAUCUUGUUCGGGUCCAAUUUCCUUGCCCCUCUUGUAGCGGGUUGGUUCAACGACGCAUAUGGAUGGCGCUGGACCAUGAACCUGGGCACAAUCAUUUGCUCUGUAUGCUUCGUAAUCAUGUUCUUCUUCAUGGAAGAGACAAUUUAUUUCCGUGGCAAUACAUUCAAUGCCUUGGAAAUCGAGAGCCAGAGCCCAAGUCACGAAUCUGUCCAGGCAAAGGGCCACUCGAGCUCGGAGAAGGACACUUCACCAACAGCAGACGAAAUUCUCCCCUCGCCAAAGCCGAAGUCCAGCCGAAGCAAGUACAAUCUGUUUCGACCGCUUCCAGGACGGCCCAGCAAUCUGGAUAUGCUUCGCAUGGCGUAUCGACCCCUGAUCAUGAUCUUCAAAUUCCCCACCGUCGCAUGGGCAGGUUUCCUGUAUGGCAUAAACCUUGCAUGGUACAAUGUGCUCAACGGCACAGCCAGUCCUGUGCUGACAGGAAAGCCGUACGGAUGGUCGGCCGCGCAAGUCGGCUCAGUAUACGCUGGUCCCAUAAUCGGUGCAGCACUUGCAUCGCUGUGGUCUGGUAAAGUGGCAGAUUGGAUGGCACUAUCGCUCGCACGACGCAACAACGGCAUACGCGAGCCUGAACAGCGGCUUUGGGUCUUGACCAUCUCUGGAAUCAUCUCUGCAGCUGGACUUGUGACUUGGGGCGUUGGUGCAUACAACGAGGUUCAUUGGAUCGGCUUAGUCUUUGGCCUCGGAAUGCUGACUUUCGGGUGCGUGACUGGCGGCUCCAUCGCGGUCAGCUAUAGUGUGGACUGUUUCAAGGAAAUUGCUGGAGAGACGAUGGUGUCAAUCAUGAUUAUCCGCAACACUAUUGGAUUUGGUUUCAGCUAUGCCAUCACACCGUGGUGGGUUGCACAAGGUCUGCAGAAUUGCUUCAUCACGGCCGCUGCAAUCUCGAUAGCAUGCACGUUCUCCUUCCUAGCACUCAUUGUGUACGGCAAGCGGCUUCGGAGAUGGUCUAUCCCGGCAUAUCGGAAGUAUAUGACAACAGUGGUUGUGUUGCAGGAAUGA